UCUCUCUCGACUUCUGUCUUUUAUGUAAACACCACACCAUGAACAAACCAUGACAACACUUCUCUCUCUAUCUCUUUAAAAAACACCCGUUUGUGUCAUUCACUCCAAUCAUUUCUCCGACCAAGUUGAAGAACACGGUUGGUAGAAAAUAAUUAGAAUGGGAGCGGUGAGGUUUCAGAGAGUGGCGGCGGCGUUCGAUGAGGUGGCGCGGGUGAGGCUGUGCGAGAGCAGCGGGAGCGAGUACUCCGCGGCGGGGGAGAGUUUUGCGGAUUUGUCUGAUCUUGUCAAGUCCUUCAUCGAGGGAGGGGAUUUCGAAGAACGGGGUGACGACCAAGACGUUGUCCGGAACGAGAAGGAACACUUAGUCGAUGAGAAAUCGGAGGCCGGUGAUUGGUCGGAUUCGGAGACCAAGAAUUCUAUGGAGAGUUUGUUUGAUGUAAAAAGUGACGGGUUGAAGAAGAAGAUUGUUACUGAGGUGGAGGUUGCAUUGGCGGGCAUCGGGGACGACAAUUCGUCUCCGGCGUUCAAAAGGAGGUUGAUGACUCACUUGCGCCAGAAGGGUUUUGAUGCUGGCCUUUGCAAAUCAAAGUGGGUGAAAUCGAGCCGGUUUCCAGCAGGGGACUACGAGUUUGUCGAUGUCAACCUCAAAGGAACUCGUUACAUUGUCGAACUAUUCCUUGUUAGAGAGUUCGAAAUUGCUCGUCCCACGACACGUUACACAUCACUCCUUGACGUCUUUCCAAACACAUUCGUCGGAGAAGUCGAUGAGCUGAAGAAAAUCGUGAGGCUAAUGUGCACGGCGAUCAAACAAUCUAUGAAGAGCGUGGACAUGUCAAUGCCGCCAUGGCGGCGAAACGGGUACAUGCAGGCCAAAUGGUUUGGAUCCUACAAGCGCACAACAAAUGCAGUAGCAUCAUCAGCCGCCGCGAAUGCGACAUUGGAAUCCAACCAUGGAUUUGGUGGUGUUCAGAGAUCAAUGGGGUUUGAGGCCUUGCCUACGAAGUCUUACUAUUGCAGAGAUGAUUUUGCUGGUAAGAAUGGCUUGACAAUUGGGCGGUUGACUGCGGCGUUUCAAGAGCUAUAGCUGUCGUUUUGUCUUGAUUUAUUUUUGUUGUAUUAAAUUUGAGAGUAUAAUUUUGGUGCUACGGUCCUAAUUGUAAAUACCCAUCUCGGUUUUGAUUAGAGAAAAUGUAUGUAAAAUACCCAUAAAUAUUUAUUUAUUUUUUAAAUAAAUUGUAAGAUAAAUUUGUUCC